AUGGCCCAAGCUGCGAGGACAUGCACCAGGAGCAUUUCGCUCUUGGAUCUCUUUGGUGCAAGCGAAAGGAUGAGCAGAGCAUGGCAAAGUCACGGCCUGCUGACUGCAUCAUAUGACAUAAAAAACGACCAGCAGGAUGACAUUACCACACGUGGUGGCUUCUUCCGCUUGGCAGAGAGAGGGCUGUUGCUUGUAGCAGGAGCAUUGAUCUUCGCAGCUCCACCAUGCAGCCUUUUUAUCUUUCUGAGUUCCUCUGUGCACCGCCGCAAAGCUGCCAAUGAUUUUCGCGGCGAUCAGCGGCGCUUCAAAGUCCGACUGAGCAACUGCAUACUACAGAACAUGGUAUGUUUCUUGCGUGAGCUAGCUGUCUUCAGACACUUCUACUUAGUGAUAGAGCAACCGACAUCGAGUGUCAUGUGGAAGGUGCCAGAAAUGAAGGACCUCCUGAGCUCUUUCCGAAUGAAACGAGUGUUUACUUGGCUUGGCCUAUUUGGGCAUCGCCUCCAGAAAGGUACCAAUCUUUGGGUUGCUUUGCCAGGGGCGCAAGCCUUAUCUCGUCGAAUGACGAAGGCGCGAAGGGCAGCCUUUGUGAAGCGACAGAGUCAAUCCUCUGGUGGUGGUCACCGCGACUACACCAGACAUGAGGAUGGAACGGUGUCAGGAGGACCAGACCUCCAGAGCUCGGCUAUAUACCCAGCUCCAUUUUGCCGGCAAGUGUUCAAGGUUGCCAAGCUGGUGUUGGCAGGCUUUUGUAUGCUGUAA